GGUUAUUUUUCCUUUCGAUUCCAAUCGUGCAAUUUAAUAUCUACUUUCUUAGGUAAUUGAUGUCUAUACUGGAGCAAAUGGUUUGCUUGCUGGUGGAAGUCCAGUUAGACCAUGGUUAUUCAUAGACUCUUCUACAAUUGACCCUCAAACUUCAAGAAAAGUAUCUGCAGCUGUCUCUGAUUGCUUUUUGAAAGAGAAGUUAGACGGCCAACAGGCUCCUUCCAUGCUUGAUGCUCCCGUGUCUGGUGGUGUUGUUGCUGCAGAGACUGGAAGUCUUACUUUCAUGGUAUCUAUAUUUUUUCUUUUAAGUAAAUGAAGUUUUUUUUGAAAAGGUAGUAAUUGAAGUGAAAUGGUGCAGAAAAUUUUCUGUUGUGAAUACUGGUGUGUUUUAAAUGAAAAAGCUUUUCCUGAUAUGCAUUCCAAGUCAAUUAACACCUUUAUAAAGCAGAAAAAUUUUAUAAACCAGAAAAAUUGGUUCACUCUUCUUCUAAUUGAUUAAAUGAUGCUGGUUUAUAGCCAUUGUAUCUCAGCAUGAAAUCUAAUUUAAGUGGAGUGAAAUUAAAUUUCUUCAUGAACAAAGAAACUAUUCUCUGAAAACUACGGAAUACAAAGUCCCAAUGUUCAUAAGGUGCAUAUGAAAAAGUAUUGCAGCUCUUUAAACAUAUUCCUUGUUGUCGUGUUUACACAUACAAUCAAAUUAAGUUGUUGAAAAUGACUGGUUUGUUGCUAUAACAUCUCAUUUUCUGCUAACAGGGGUUUCCCUGUAGGCCUGCACCUCUCUCAUUUCUCAUAUAAGAAUGGGUUUGGUAUUAGAUGUCUGACCUAGUAAUGGUUGCCCCAUCUCAACUCAAGCGAGUUUUCAUAGUUUAUACGGAUUAGGAAAUAAUAUGAUGUUCAGGUUGGUGGCUCGGAAGAAGCUUACAUGGCUGCAAAACCCUUGUUUCUAUCAAUGGGGAAAAACACAAUUUAUUGUGGUGGACCUGGAAAUGGUUCGGUAUGUGCGUAUACUGUAUUCAACGUUGAUAUAUUAUUUACUACUCCUUCCGUUCGAAAAAGAACAUCUCAGUUCACUAUUUAAAAAUCACGAGAACUUUUGUUUAUUUGUGCGUUUUCAUUGAUUAUUUGACAAAUUAAAAUAUUCUUGUCACCUCUUGUUUUGUAGAACUUUUGACGUAUUUUUAAAAUAUGUAAGUUUUAUUUUUAUUUCUAUACCAAUCUCUAAAUAAAAUGAAUUGAAAAAGCUUGAAAUUUCACUUCGUUUGACGUAAUGUGAUGUUCUUUUUGGGACAGAUGGAGUAUAUGAUUCUGUGGAACUGAAUUCCUGCAUGCUUGUUAAUUUAUACCAGACAACCAGUUAUGUUGUCAAAGCUACCUGUUGGAACUUCCAGAUGGCCUUUCCUUUACUUCUCAUCUUUCUCAAUGAUUUAAAGCAACUUCAUUGAAUCUAAUCAGUGCCCUUUACACAGCAAUUAUUCCUGAUCAAAAAUCUCUUUUGGAACUUUUCUCAGACAGCAAAGAUCUGUAACAAUUUGGCAAUGGCUGUCAGUAUGCUUGGGGUAUCCGAAGCACUUUCCCUUGGGCAGUCACUAGGAAUCACAUCAAGUACACUUACACAAGUGUUUAAUUCUUCCAGCGCUCGCUGUUGGAGCAGGUAUUAAUUGCAACCUAUUUCCUCACCAAGCAUGGAAAUGUAGAGAGGCUGUUCCCAAGUAGAGCUCCACCAACCGUGACAUGUAGUAAUUAAAACUAGUAAAAAAACAGCAAUACGAAUUCAAAACUAGUGACUAAAAACAUAUCAAAAUGUAAAAUGUCAGAAAAAACCAACCACAUGUUGGACAAAAUGAAUGAAAUAUCUUCUGGAGGUAUUGUGCUCCAAUCAUAGGAAGACACGGACGGAAGUGUUAUUUGGAUGGGAAAAUAUUUCAGGCACCUCGGCAUUUUCUGCCAAAUGGAUGCCUAAAUUUCUUCCAAUCGCAUUAUUUAUUUCUUAGUAUGGAUUGUGACAUUGUCUUGCAUUUAUGAGAAUGCAAAUGACAGCGACACAUAUAAUCCUGUUCCUGGUGUAAUGGAUGGAGUGCCCUCUUCAAGGAAUUAUGAAGGAGGUUUUAUGUCGAAGUUGAUGCUUAAAGAUCUAAACCUUGCUCAGACAUCAAUUAAAAGUGUUGGACUCAAUUGCCCCUUGGCAUCACAAGCAGCGGAGAUAUAUGCAAAGCUAUGCAGUGAUGGUUAUGAGAACGAAGACUUCUCGUGUGUUUUCCGUUAUUAUUACUCUGGAAAGGAUGAGCAUCUAAACUAGAGAUCUUCUUGCAUCAUUGGAUCUUGAAAGCCGGAAAUUGUUCAUCAAGUAAGCCUUUUUCAUUUUUAUAUUCACCAUAUGUAAUGCACUGACUAUUGUAGACUGCUCUCUGUAAAUUUUCUGUAUCCAUACUUUUUAAUUUAUCAAUGAACUAAGAAUAUAUUGGUCUGGUUUCUCUAUAGCACAUCAUAAUCCCAUGUAAUUCAAUAACUCUUUGGGAGAAGU